AUGCGGUUGGAAGACUUUAUGAUGUACCCGGAUUGGGUCGGACGAAUGGCACUAUUGCCGAGAUUCAAUUGGAAAGGCAGGAGCUCAUCUGGAGAAGAGCGGUCUCUGACCAAGGACAUUCUCCUCAUACUGGGAGCACUGCAAUUGUUGUAUCACAAUUUCGGAAUUAUAAUGUACGGCUAUCUUAUUGAUGGAUCUCCAACGGAAUCACUUUAUAAUCUGGCGGAAUGGGCCGCUGUGGUCAGCAUGAUAGGAUUUACCGUUGUGGGGAGCCUCAACCUUUGGAUGCUGGUUUACCAAAAGCCACAGAUAGAGGAAAUUUUUAAGGAUUUCGAGGAGUUAUUUAAAUACGCUAAACAGAAAGAGAACCGCACCCAGCAGUACUACGAGGCGUAUACGCGAUAUUUACGAAACCUAAUUAUUUUCUAUAACACAGCCAUUGUGUACUACAACUCACUGCCAUUUCUUCUGCUGCUAUGGGAACACUUGAUGGAGUCAAGAGAGUUAAGCUACAAGGUCCAGAGCGUUUGCUGGUAUCCCUGGAGCAUAAAAGGAUCAGUGUUAGGUUUUAGUGCUGCAUACGUCCAGCAGGCUGUUUCAUGCCAGAUUUUUAUGGUCACCAUUGUGCUGGUCCAGUUUUUGGUUUGCUUCUUUGGCACCCAGUUGGAAAUACACUUCGACGGAUUGGCCAGCCAACUAGAGGCAAUCGAUGCUCGAAGCUCAGGAGCCAAGGACCAGCUGAGAUUCCUCGUCAUAUAUCAGAUCCAUUUGUUCAAACUGGCGGACAGUGUCAAUAGCAUACCACAGAUUGAAGAAGUGCUGGCAGAACUGCAGGACCUCUUUGACAAACGCGGAAAAUAUAACUCUGAAGCCAGUUACUAUUUGGAAAAAACCAAACUUAUGACGAAGAAGUUCACCAUGUUCUAUAUUAUUUCCAACUUCUACUACAAUGCAUUUCCCCUAUUGGUAAUGGCCUAUGAAUUUUUUUCGGAAUCUCAGGAACUGAGCUACAGGAUUCAGACCGUCUCCUGGUAUCCCUGGAAAACUUUAGGCUCAAUGCCUGGCUUCUGCGCCUCGUAUAUAAGCCAAAUAUUCUCAUCUGCUCAAAAUAUAGGCUUUAUGAUGGCCAAUCAAUUUUUGAUCAAUGUCUUCACCGCACAAUUGGAACUUCACUUUGAUGACUUAGCCAAUCAGGUGGAAAACCUUGAUGCCAGUGACUUCAGAGCCAAGAAAAAACUGAAAUCAUUAAUUUUCUAUCAUCAAAGAUUGCUGCUAUUAGCUGAUAAUAUAAAUCGUAUCUUUAACUUUACUUUUUUGAUCAGUUUGAUCACUUCUACUAUGGCCAUAUUUUCCAUGGCCUUUAAUUUGACCACGUUAAGUUUUGUAACAGCCAUUAAGUAUUCAUUGGGAGUUGGUUUAUUUAUGAUCUACACAUUUUCCAUAUGUCACAAUGGCACUCAGUUAACUCUGGCGAGUGGAAAAGUAAUGCCAGCCGCGUUUUAUAACAAUUGGUAUGAGGGCGAUCUUGCUUAUAGAAAAAUGCUGCUCAUUUUGAUGAUGCGCUCCACAAAACCUUAUAUGUGGAGAACCUACAAGCUGGCACCGGUAUCUAUUACCACCUAUAUGGCUGUGAGUAUUUGCUGA